UUACCUGAUUGGAUCAAGAUUGGAGAUGUGACUGACAAAAGCUGUCAUCUUUUUGUAAACCUUCAAUCAAAAGGCUUAAAAGGGGGAGGUCGAUUUGGACAAACAACUCCACCCCUUGUUGAUUUUCUCAAGGACAUUUUAAGAAGGUAUCCAGAAGGAGGACAGAUUCUUAAGGAAUUAAUCCAGAAUGCAGAAGAUGCGGGGGCCACAGAAGUUAAAUUUUUAUAUGAUGAAACUCAGUAUGGAACAGAGACUCUUUGGUCAAAAGAUAUGGCGCCAUAUCAGGGGGCAGCUCUCUACGUGUACAACAACGCGGUGUUCACCCCCGAGGACUGGCACGGCAUCCAGGAGAUAGCGCGGAGCAGGAAGAAGGACGACCCCUUGAAGGUCGGAAGAUUCGGAAUUGGGUUUAAUUCUGUCUACCACAUAACAGAUGUUCCGUGUAUCUUCAGUGGUGAGCAGAUUGGAAUGUUAGAUCCUCAUCAAACACUGUUUGGCCCCCAAGAAUCAGGCCAGUGUUGGAAUCUCAAAGAUGACAGCAAGGAAAUUAGCGAGCUUUCUGACCAGUUUGCACCCUUCAUUGGCGUUUUCGGAAGCACCAAGGAGACGUUUGCAAAUGGCAAUUUCCCAGGAACUUUUUUUCGUUUCCCUCUUCGCCUACAGCCUUCACAGCUCAGUAGCAACCUCUACAACAAGCAGAAGGUUCUCGAGUUGUUUGAGUCUUUCAGGGCAGAUGCAGACACGGUGCUGCUCUUUCUGAAAAGUGUGCAGGACGUCUCUUUACAUGUCAGAGAGGCCAACGGGACGGAGAAGCUGGUGUUCCGAGUGACUGCGAGUGAGAACAAGGCCCUGAAACAUGAAAGGCCAAACUCGAUAAAGAUUCUGGGAACUGCUAUAAGUAACUACUGUCAAAAGAUUCCAAGCAAUAGCAUCACUUGUGUAACGUAUCAUGUAAAUAUAGUUUUGGAAGAUGAGAGUACUAAGGAUGCACAGAAAACAUCCUGGUUGGUGUGUAACAGUGUGGGUGGGCGAGGGAUUAGUAGUAAACUUGACUCUCUAGCUGAUGAAUUGAAAUUUGUCCCCAUCAUUGGCAUUGCCAUGUCUUUAUCAGACGGAAAUGAUGAAGCAAAAGGAGCAAUGUCUGAUUUCUCAGGAAAAGCAUUUUGUUUCCUUCCUUUGCCGCCGGGUGAAGAGAGCAGAACGGGGCUUCCAGUUCACAUCAGCGGGUUCUUUGGCCUGACGGACAACCGCAGGAGCAUAAAGUGGAGGGAGCUGGACCAGUGGCGAGACCCCGCGGCCUUGUGGAAUGAAUUUCUCGUGGUGAAUGUUGUCCCGAAAGCUUACGCCACUCUAAUCUUAGAUUCCAUAAAACGCCUUGAAACCGAGAAGAGCUCCGACUUCCCUCUGUCGGUGGAUCUCAUCUACAGGCUUUGGCCCGAGGCCGGCAAGGUCAAGGUGCACUGGCGGCAGGUGCUGGCGCCCCUGUUCGGCGAGCUCUUCCAGAGCGCUGUGAUUUACUCCCUCAGCGGCGACUGGGUCAAGCUGGAGCAGGCGCACUUCUCCGAACUUGAUGAAAGCUUGGAUUACACAAAAUCUGUGCUCAACUACCUCCAGAGCUCAGGGAAGCAGAUCGCCAAGGUACCGGGCAAUCUGGCCGCUGCCGUUCAGCUGCAUGCCGCUGCCUCCCCGACGGCCACGCCCGUGAGGAAGGUGACGCCCACGUGGGUGCGGCAGGUGCUGCGCAAGUGCGCGCACACGGGCGGCGCGGAGGAGAAGCUGCACCUGCUCGAGUUCGUGCUUUCCGACCAAGCCUACAGCGAGCUGCUUGGGCUGGAGCUGCUGCCUUUACAGAACGGAAAUUUUGUCCCCUUCUCCUCGUCCGUGUCAGACCAAGAUGUUGUCUACAUUACCUCAGAGGAGUAUCCAAGGUCCCUUUUCCCAGGUCUUGAAGGAAGAUUUAUUUUGGAUAACUUGAAGCCUCACCUUCUAGCUGCUCUAAAGGAAGCUGCCCAAACCCGAGGAAGACCGUGUACUCAACUGCAGCUUCUAAAUCCAGAACGCUUUGCACGUCUUAUUAAAGAAGUAUUGAAUGCAUUCUGGCCUGGCAGAGAAUUGAUUGUUCAGUGGUAUCCAUUCAGUGAAGACCAAAGUUUCCCGUCUGUUUCAUGGCUUAAGAUGGUUUGGAAAAAUCUCUAUAUACAUUUUUCAGAGGAUUUGACUUUAUUUGAUGAGAUGCCACUUAUUCCCAGAACUGUACUAGAUGAAUGUCAGACGUGUGUGGAACUCAUUAGACUCAGGGUUCCGUCGCUAGUCAUUUUAGAUGAUGAAACUGAAGCACAGCUUCCAGAAUUUUUAGCAGAAAUUGUGCAAAAGCUCGGAGGGAUUGUCCUGAAAAAAUUAGAUGCCUCCAUACAGCACCCACUCAUUAAAAAAUACAUCCACCCGCCAUUACCAAGUGCUGUUCUGCAGAUAAUGGAGAAGAUACCAUUGCAGAAAUUAUGUAAUCAAAUAGCUUCACUGCUUCCAACACACAAAGAUGCUCUGAGGAAAUUCUUGGCUAGCUUAACUGAUGUCAGUGAGAAAGAGAAAAGAAUAAUUCAAGAACUGACAAUAUUCAAACGAGUUAACCACUCAUCUGAUCAGGGGGUUUCCUCUUACACAAAAUUGAAAGGUUGUAAAGUCUUGCACCAUACUGCCAAGCUGCCGACAGAUCUGCGACUUUCUAUUUCAGUAAUAGACAGUAGUGACGAGGCUACACUUCGCCUGGCAAACAUGUUGAAAAUAGAGAAAGUAAAAACCACUAGCUGCUUAAAGCUUGUUCUAAAAGAUCUUGAAAAUGCAUUUUAUUCACAUGAUGAGGUAACACACCUUAUGCUGUGGAUCCUUGAAAAUCUUUCCUCUCUUAAAAAUGAGAAUCCCAAUGUGCUUGAUUGGUUAAUGCCAUUAAAAUUCAUUCAGAUUUCACAGGAAAGGAUGGUAUCAGCCAGCGAACUCUUCGAUCCGGAUGUAGAAGUACUAAAAGAUCUCUUUUGUAACGAAGAAGAAACCUGUUUCCCACCUUCAGUUUUUACCUCACCAGAUAUUCUUCAUUCUUUAAGACAGAUUGGUUUAAAAAAUGAAACCAGUCUUAAAGAGAAAGACAUUGUGCAAGUGGCAAAAAAAAUUGAGGCCUUACAGGCCGGGUCCUGUCCAGAUGAGGAUGUUCUGAAGAAAGCCAAAACACUCUUACUGGUCUUAAAUAAGAAUCACACACUCUUGCAAUCCUCUGAAGGAAAGACAACAUUGAAGAAAAUAAAGUGGGUUCCAGCCUGCAAGGAGAGGCCUCCAAACUACCCAGGUUCUCUGGUCUGGAAAGGGGAUCUUUGCAGUCUCUGUGCACCGCCAGAUAUGUGUGAUGCGGCCCAUGCAAUUCUAGUGGGCUCCUCACUUCCUCUUGUUGAAACUGUCCACGUAAACUUGGAGAAAGCGUUAGGUAUUUUCACAAAACCUAGCAUCAGUGCUGUUUUAAAACACUUUAAAGUUGUCGUUGACUGGUAUACUUCAAAAACCUUCAGUGAUGAAGACUACUAUCAGUUUCAACAUAUUUUGCUUGAAAUUUAUGGAUUCAUGCAUGAUCAUUUGAAUGAAGGGAAAGAUUCUUUUAGGGCCUUAAAAUUUCCAUGGGUUUGGACUGGCAAAAAGUUCUGUCCUCUUUCCCAAGCUGUGAUAAAACCAAUCCAUGAUCUGGAUCUUCAGCCUUAUUUACAUAAUGUGCCUAAAACCAUGGCAAAAUUUCACCAAUUAUUUAAGGUCUGUGGUUCAAUAGAGGAGUUAACGUCGGAACAUAUUUCCAUGGUCAUUCAAAAGAUAUAUCUCAAAAGUGAUGAGGAGCUCAGUGAACAAGAAAGCAAACAAAAUCUUCAUCUUAUGUUGAACAUUAUCAGAUGGCUAUAUAGUAACCAAAUCCCAGCAAGCCCCAAUACGCCAGUUCCUAUACAUCACAGCAAAAACCCUUCUAAACUUAUCAUGAAGCCGAUUCAUGAAUGCUGUUACUGUGAUAUCAAAGUUGAUGACCUCAAUGACUUACUUGAAGAUUCAGUGGAACCAAUCAUUUUGGUGCACGAGGACAUACCCAUGAAAACUGCAGAAUGGCUGAAAGUCCCAUGCCUCAGUACAAGACUGAUCAACCCUGAAAACAUGGGGUUUGAGCAGUCAGGACAAAGGGAACCACUUACUGUAAGAAUUAAAAAUAUUCUGGAAGAAUACCCUUCCGUGUCAGAUAUUUUUAAAGAACUGCUUCAAAAUGCCGACGAUGCAAAUGCAACAGAAUGCAGUUUCAUGAUUGAUAUGAGAAGAAAUAUGGACAUAAGAGAGAAUCUUCUAGACCCGGGGAUGGCAGCUUGCCAUGGACCUGCUUUGUGGUCAUUCAAUAAUUCUGAAUUCUCAGAUUCAGACUUCGUCAACAUAACAAGGUUAGGAGAGUCUUUAAAAAGGGCAGAAGUUGACAAAGUUGGAAAAUUUGGACUUGGGUUUAAUUCUGUGUACCAUAUCACUGACAUUCCCAUCAUUAUGAGCCGAGAAUUCAUGAUAAUGUUUGAUCCUAACAUAAACCAUAUCAGUAAACAUAUUAAAGAUAAAUCUAAUCCUGGGAUCAAAAUCAACUGGAGUAAACAACAGAAAAGACUUAGGAAAUUCCCCAAUCAGUUCAAACCAUUUAUAGAUGUAUUUGGCUGUCAGUUGCCUUUGACUAUAGAGGCGCCUUACAGCUACAAUGGAACUCUUUUCCGACUGUCCUUUAGGACUCAGCAGGAAGCGAAAGUGAGUGAAGUUAGCAGUACCUGCUAUAAUACAGCAGACAUUUACUCCCUUGUGGAUGAAUUUAGUCUCUGUGGACACAGACUGAUCAUUUUCACACAGAGUGUAAACUCAAUGUAUUUGAAGUACUUAAAGAUUGAGGAAACUGAUCCUAGCUUAGCGCAAGAUACAAUCGUAAUUAAAAAAAAAUUCUGUUCUUCCAAAGUAUUGGAUGCACCUGUCCUGAGUGUUUUAAAAGAAGCCGCUAAGCUCAUGAAGACUUGCAGCAGCAGUAACAAAAAGCUUCCUGCCGAUGCACCAAAGGCAUCUUGCAUUCUUCAGAUCACAGUUGAAGAAUUUCACCACGUGUUCAGAAGGAUUGCUGAUUUACAGUCACCCCUGUUCAGAGGUCCAGAUGAUGACCCAGCCACUCUCUUUGAAAUGGCUAAGUCUGGCCAAUCAAAAAAGCCAUCAGAUGAGUUGCCACAAAAAACGUUGGAUUCUACCACAUGGCUUAUAUGUUCUUGCAUGGACCCAGGAGAGGCCCUCAAGUUUUCCCUGAGUGAGAGUGGAAGGAGACUAGGGCUGGUCCCUUGUGGAGCAGUAGGAGUUCUGCUGUCUGAAACCCAGGACCAAAAGUGGACAGUGAAGCCACACAUUGGAGAAGUGUUUUGCUAUUUACCUUUACGAAUAAAAACAGGCUUGCCAGUUCACAUCAAUGGCUGUUUCGCCGUUACUUCAAAUAGAAAAGAAAUCUGGAAGACAGAUACUAAAGGACGAUGGAAUACUACGUUUAUGAGACAUGUUAUUGUGAAAGCCUACUUACAAGCCCUCAGUGUCUUACGUGACCUGGCCUCUAAUGGGGAGCUGACUGGUUAUACUUACUAUGCAGCGUGGCCUGAUCCUGACUUAGUUCAUGAUGACUUUUCUGUAAUUUGUCAGGGAUUUUACGAAGAUAUAGCUCAUGGAAAAGGGAAAGACUUGACUAGAGUUUUCUCUGAUGGAUCCACUUGGGUUUCUAUGAAGAAUGUGAGAUUUCUAGAUGAUUCAAUACUUAAGAGAAAAGAUGUGGGUCCAGCAGCUUUCAAGAUAUUUCUGAAAUACCUCAAAAAGACUGGGUCCAAAAACCUAUGUGCUGUUGAACUUCCUUCUUCAGUGAAGUUAGGAUUUGAAGAAGCUGGCUGCAAACAGAUAUUGCUUGAAAAUACAUUUUCAGAGAGGCAGUUUUUUUCAGAAGUGUUUUUUCCAAAUAUUCAAGAAAUUGAGGCAGGUCUCAGAGAUCCUCUAAUGAAUUUUGUUCUCAAUGAGAAAAUUGAUGAAUUCUCAGGAAUUCUUCGGGUUACGCCGUGUAUCCCUUGCUCUUUGGAGGGGCAUCCUUUGGUUUUACCAUCAAGAUUGAUCCACCCUGAAGGACGAGUUGCUAAGUUAUUUGAUACUAAAGAUGGACGUUUCCCUUAUGGUUCUACUCAGGAUUACCUCAACCCUAUCAUUUUAAUUAAGCUAGUUCAGUUAGGUAUGGCAAAGGAUGACAUUUUAUGGGAUGACAUGCUGGAACGUGCAGAGUCAGUAGCUGAAAUUAACAAAAGUGAUCAUCUCGCCGCUUGUCUAAGAAGUAGUAUCCUAUUAAGUCUUAUUGAUGAGAAACUAAAAAUAAGGGAUCCUAGAGCAAAGGACUUUGCUGCAAAAUAUCAAACAAUCCCCUUCCUUCCAUAUCUGACAAAGCCAGCUGGCUUUUCUUUGGAGUGGAAAGGUAACAGUUUUAAGCCUGAAACCAUGUUUGCGGCAACUGAUCUUUAUACAGCUGAACACCAAGACAUCGUUUGUCUUUUGCAACCAAUUCUCAAUGAAAAUUCCCAUUCCUUUCGAGGUUGUGGUUCAGUUUCACUAGCUGUUAAAGAAUUUUUGGGGUUACUAAAGAAGCCAACACUUGAUCUGGUUAUAAGCCAGUUGAAAGUAGUUGCAAAAUCGGUUGAUGAUGGAAUUACAUUAUACCAGGAGAAUAUCACCAAUGCUUGCUACAAAUAUCUUCAUGAAGCAAUGAUGCAAAAUGAACUAACUAAGAUAUCAGUUACUGAAAAGUUAAAACCUUUUAGCUUCAUUCUAGUUGAAAAUACAUAUGUUGACUCAGAAAAAGUAGCUUUUCAUUUGAAUUUUGAUGCAGCCCCAUACCUUUAUCAGUUACCUAAUAAAUAUAAAAAUAAUUUCCGUGAGCUCUUUGAAAGUGUGGGUGUGAGGCAGUCAUUUAUGGUUGAAGAUUUUGCCCUCGUUUUGGAGUCUAUUGAUCAAGAAAAAGGAAAGAAGCAAAUAACAGAAGAGAAUUUUCAGCUUUGCAGGCGAAUAAUCAGUGAAGGAAUAUGGAAUCUCAUUAGAGAAAAGAAACAAGAAUUUUGUGAGAAAAAUUAUGGCAAAAUAUUAUUGCCAGAUACUAAUCUUAUGCUUCUCCCUGCUAAAUCUUUAUGCUACAAUGAUUGUCCCUGGAUAAAAGUGAAGGAUACCACUGUGAAAUAUUGUCAUGCUGAUAUACCCAGGGAAGUAGCUGUGAAACUAGGUGCGAUACCAAAGAGACACAAAGCCUUAGAAAGAUACGCAUCCAACAUCUGUUUUACAACGCUUGGCACAGAAUUUGGGCAGAAGGAGAAAUUGACCAGCAGAAUUAAGAGCAUCCUGAACGCCUAUCCUUCAGAAAAGGAAAUGUUGAAAGAACUUCUUCAAAAUGCCGACGAUGCUAAAGCCACAGAAAUCUGCUUUGUGUUUGAUCCUAGACAGCAUCCCGUUGAUAGGAUAUUUGAUGACAAGUGGGCCCCAUUGCAGGGGCCCGCACUCUGUGUGUAUAACAACCAGCCUUUCACGGAAGAUGACGUUAGAGGAAUUCAGAAUCUUGGAAAAGGUACCAAAGAAGGAAAUCCUUGUAAAACUGGACAGUAUGGAAUAGGAUUCAAUUCCGUGUAUCACAUUACAGACUGCCCUUCUUUUAUUUCUGGCAAUGACAUCCUGUGUAUUUUUGAUCCCCACGCCAGGUAUGCACCAGGAGCCACAUCUGUUAGUCCUGGGCGCAUGUUUAGAGAUUUAGAUGCAGAUUUUAGAACACAGUUCUCAGAUGUUCUUGAUCUUUACCUGGGGACCCACUUUAAGCUGGAUAAUUGUACAAUGUUCAGAUUUCCUCUUCGUAAUGCAGAAAUGGCAAAAGUUUCGGAAAUUUCUUCAGUUCCAUCGUCAGACAGAAUGGUCCAGAAUCUUUUAGACAAACUGCGCUCAGAUGGGGCCGAACUUCUGAUGUUUCUUAAUCACAUGGAAAAAAUUUCUAUUUGUGAAAUCGAUAAAGGUACAGGAGCUCUAAAUGUAUUGUACUCAGUGAAGGGCAAAAUCACGGAUGGAGACAGACUGAAAAGGAAACAGUUUCAUGCAUCUGUAAUUGAUAGUGUUACUAAGAAGAGGCAGCUCAAAGACAUACCAGUUCAGCAGAUAACCUACACUAUGGAUACUGAGGACUCUGAGGGAAAUCUCACCACAUGGCUGAUUUGUAAUAGGUCAGGAUUUUCAAGUAUGGACAAAGUGUCCAAGAGCGUUGUUUCAGCUCACAAGAACCAAGACAUUACUCUCUUCCCGCGUGGUGGAGUAGCUGCCUGCAUUACUCACAACUACAAAAAGCCUCACAGAGCCUUCUGCUUUCUCCCUCUCUCUCUGGAGACGGGCUUGCCGUUCCAUGUGAAUGGACACUUCGCGCUGGAUUCGGCCCGGAGAAACCUGUGGCGUGAUGACAACGGGGUUGGUGUCCGGAGCGACUGGAACAACAGUUUAAUGACGGCACUGAUAGCUCCUGCCUAUGUUGAACUACUAAUCCAGUUAAAGAAGCGGUAUUUCCCUGGCUCCGACCCAACCUUAUCAGUUUUACAGAACACGCCUAUUCAUGUAGUAAAGGACACAUUAAAGAAAUUUUUGUCAUUUUUCCCAGUUAAUAGGCUUGAUCUCCAGCCAGAUUUAUAUUGCUUAGUGAAAGCGCUGUAUAGCUGUAUUCAUGAAGAAAUGAAACGUCUUCUACCUGUUGUUCGGGCUCCAAAUAUCGACGGCUCUGAUUUGCACUCUGCAGUCAUAAUAACGUGGAUCAAUAUGUCCACUUCAAGUAAGACUAGACCAUUUUUUGACAACUUACUACAGGAUGAAUUACAGCACCUUAAAAAUGCAGAUUAUAAUAUCACAACCCGUAAAACGGUGGCAGAGAAUGUCUAUCGGCUGAAACACCUACUUUUAGAAAUUGGUUUCAACUUGGUUUAUAACUGUGAUGAAACUGCAAAUCUUUACCAUUGCCUCAUAGAUGCAGAUAUUCCUGUUAGUUAUGUGACCCCUGCCGAUGUUAGGUCCUUUUUGAUGACCUUCUCCUCUCCUGACACGAACUGCAUUAUUGGGAAGCUGCCUUGUCGUCUUCAGCAGACAAACCUGAAGCUUUUUCAUAGUUUGAAACUUUUAGUUGAUUAUUGUUUUAAAGACGCAUUAGAGAAUGAGUUUGAAGUUGAGGGACUGCCCCUCCUCAUCACGCUGGACAGUGUUUUACAGACUUUUGAUGCAAAACGGGCCAAAUUCCUAACAACAUACCAUGAAUUGAUUCCUUCCCGCAAAGACUUGUUUAUGAAUACGUUGUAUUUGAAAUACAGUAGUAUUUUGUUGAGCUGUAAAGUUGCAAAAGUGUUUGACAUUUCCAGCUUUGCUGACUUGUUAUCCUCUGUGUUGCCUCGUGAGUAUAAGACCAAAAAUUGUACAAAGUGGAAAGAUAAUUUUGCAAGUGAAUCUUGGCUUAAGAAUGCGUGGCAUUUUAUCAGUGAAUCCGUAGGUGUGAAAGAAGAUCAGGAAGAAACAAAACCAACAUUCGACGUUGUUGUGGAUACCCUCAAAGACUGGGCUUUGCUGCCAGGAACAAAGUUUACUGUGUCAGCCAAUCAGCUUGUGGUUCCGGAAGGUGACGUCUUGCUUCCUUUAAGCCUAAUGCACAUUGCAGUUUUUCCAAAUGCCCAGACUGACAAAGUUUUUCAUGCUCUGAUGAAAGCUGGCUGUAUUCAGCUUGCUCUGAACAAAAUCUGCUCCAAAGACAGCGCAUUUGCUCCGCUCUUGUCAUGUCACACAGCAAACAUAGAGAGCCCCACCAGCAUUUUAAAGGCUGUACAUUACAUGGUCCAGACUUCAACGUUUAGAACUGAAAAACUAGUAGAAAGUGACUUCGAAGCACUUUUGAUGUAUUUCAACUGCAAUUUGAAUCACUUGAUGUCUCAAGAUGACAUAAAAAUUUUAAAGUCGCUUCCAUGCUACAAAUCCAUCAGUGGCCGCUAUAUGAGCAUUGCCAAAUUUGGAACCUGCUAUGUACUAACAAAGAGUAUACCCUCAGCUGAAGUGGAAAAGUGGACACAGUCAUCUUCGUCUGCAUUUCUUGGAGAAAAAAUACAUUUAAAAGAAUUGUAUGAGGUGCUUGGUUGUGUCCCUGUAGAUGAUCUCGAGGUAUAUUUGAAACACCUCUUACCAAAAAUUGAAAAUCUCUCUUACGAUGCAAAAUUAGAGCACUUGAUCUACCUUAAGAAUAGAUUAUCAAGUAUUGAGGAAGUAUCAGAGAUUAAGGAACAACUUUUUGAAAAAUUGGAAAGUUUAUUGAUUAUCCAUGAUGCUAACGGUCGACUAAAGCAGGCAAAACAUUUCUACGAUAGAACUGUGAGAGUUUUUGAAGUUAUGCUUCCUGAAAAAUUGUUUAUUCCUAAAGACUUCUUUAAAAAAUUGGAACAACUUAUAAAACCUAAAAAUCAGGCUGCAUUUAUGACAUCCUGGGUGGAAUUCUUAAGAAAUAUUGGACUGAAACACAUACUUUCUCAGCAGCAGUUGUUACAGUUUGCUAAGGAAAUCAGUAUGAGAGCUAAUACAGAAAACUGGUCUAAAGAAACAUUACAAAAUACCGUUGACAUCCUUCUCCAUCACAUAUUCCAAGAACGAACAGAUUUAUUGUCUGGAAAUUUUCUCAAAGAACUGUCUUUAAUCCCAUUCUUGUGUCCUGAGCGGGCCCCCGCUGAAUACAUUAGAUUUCAUCCUCAAUAUCAAGAAGUAAACGGAACACUGCCUCUUAUAAAGUUCAACGGAGCACAAGUAAAUCCAAAAUUCAAGCAGUGCGAUGUUCUGCAGCUAUUGUGGACAUCCUGCCCUAUUCUUCCAGAGAAAGCCACACCUCUGAGUAUCAAAGAACAAGAAGGUAGUGACCUUGGUCCACAAGAACAGCUUGAACAAGUUUUAAAUUUGCUCAAUGUUAACCUAGAUCCUCCUCUUGAUAAAGUCAUUAAUAACUGCAGAAAUAUAUGCAGCAUAACAACUCUGGAUGAAGAAAUGGUGAAAACUAGAGCAAAGGUCUUAAGGAGCAUAUAUGAAUUUCUCAGUGCAGAGAAAAGGGAGUUUCGUUUUCAACUACGGGGGAUUGCUUUUGUGAUGGUAGAGGAUGGCUGGAAACUUCUGAAACCUGAGGAGGUAGUGAUAAACCUGGAAUAUGAGUCUGAUUUUAAACCUUACUUGUACAAGCUGCCUUUAGAGCUUGGCACAUUUCAUCAGUUGUUCAAACACUUGGGUACUGAAGAUAUUAUUUCAACAAAGCAAUAUGUUGAAGUGUUAAGCCGCAUAUUCAAAAACUCUGAAGGAAAACAGUUAGAUCCUAAUGAAAUGCGAACAGUUAAAAGAGUCGUUUCUGGUCUGUUCAAGAGUCUACAGAAUGACUCUGUCAAGGUAAGGAGUGAUCUUGAGAACGUUCGCGACCUCGCACUGUUCCUUCCUAGCCAGGAUGGCAGGUUGGUAAAGUCGAGCAUCUUAGUCUUUGAUGAUGCACCCCAUUAUAAAAGUAGGAUUCAGGGGAAUAUUGGUGUGCAGAUGUUGGUUGAUCUUAGCCAGUGCUACUUAGGGAAGGACCAUGGCUUUCAUACUAAAUUGAUAAUGCUGUUUCCUCAAAAGCUUAGACCUCGUCUGCUAAGCAGUAUCCUGGAAGAACAGCUAGAUGAGGAAACACCCAAAGUUUGUCAGUUUGGAGCAUUGUGUUCUCUUCAGGGAAGGUUGCAGUUACUCUUGUCUUCUGAACAGUUCAUCACGGGGCUGAUUAGGAUUAUGAAACAUGAGAACGAUAACGCUUUCCUAGCCAAUGAAGAAAAAGCCAUAAGACUUUGCAAAGCUCUGAGGGAAGGAUUGAAAGUGUCCUGUUUUGAAAAGCUUCAAACGACAUUGAGAGUUAAAGGUUUUAAUCCCAUUCCCCACAGCAGAAGUGAAACUUUUGCUUUUCUGAAGAGAUUUGGUAAUGCAGUCAUCUUGCUGUACAUUCAGCAUUCAGACAGUAAAGACAUUAAUUUCCUUUUAGCCUUAGCAAUGACACUUAAAUCAGCAACUGACAAUCUGAUAUCGGACACUUCGUAUUUAAUUGCUAUGCUGGGAUGCAAUGAUAUUUAUAGGAUCAGUGAGAAACUUGACAGUUUAGGAGUGAAAUACGACUCUUCAGAGCCAUCAAAACUGGAACUUCCGAUGCCCGGCACACCCAUACCUGGCGAGAUCCAUUACACGCUGCUGAUGGAUCCCAUGAAUGUUUUCUAUCCCGGCGAGUACGUUGGGUACCUCGUGGAUGCGGAAGGUGGUGAUAUCUAUGGGUCAUACCAGCCAACAUACACAUAUGCAAUCAUUGUACAAGAGGUGGAAAGAGAAGAUGCUGACAGUUCUAGUUUUCUAGGAAAGAUAUAUCAGAUUGAUAUUGGUUAUAGUGAAUAUAAAAUAGUCAGCUCUCUUGAUCUGUAUAAAUUUUCAAGGCCUGAUGAGAGCUCUCAAAGCAGAGACAGUGCUCCUUCCACCCCCACCAGCCCCACAGAGUUCCUCGCCCCUGGCCUGAGAAGCAUCCCGCCCCUUUUCCCUGGCAGGGAGGGCCACAAGGCUGCAUCCUCAAAGCAUCACUCCCCCAAAAAGCUGAAAGUGAACUCUUUACCAGAAAUCUUAAAAGAAGUGACAUCAGUGGUGGAGCAAGCUUGGAAGCUUCCGGAAUCAGAACGGAAAAAGAUUAUCAGGCGGUUGUAUCUGAAGUGGCACCCGGACAAGAACCCAGAGAACCAUGACAUUGCCAAUGAAGUGUUCAAGCAUCUGCAGAAUGAGAUCAGCAGAUUAGAAAAGCAGGCUUUUCUAGACCAGAACGCGGACCGAGCCUCGAGACGACCGUUUUCCACGUCAGCAUCUCGAUUUCAGUCCGACAAGUAUUCUUUCCAGAGGUUUUACACUUCGUGGAAUCAAGAGGCAACGAGCCAUAAGUCUGAAAGGCAGCAACAGAAUAAGGAAAAGUGCCCCCCUCCGGCAGGACAGACGUACUCUCAAAGGUUCUUUGUCCCCCCGACGUUCAAGUCGGUGGGGAAUCCAGUGGAAGCACGGAGAUGGUUGCGACAAGCCAGAGCAAAUUUUUCGGCUGCCAGGAACGACCUUCAUAAAAACGCCAAUGAAUGGGUGUGCUUUAAGUGUUACCUUUCCACCAAGCUAGCCUUGAUCGCAGCUGACUACGCCGUGCGGGGCAAGUCUGAUAAGGACGUAAAACCAGCUGCGCUCGCACAGAAAAUAGAGGAGUAUAGUCAGCAGCUUGAAGGCCUGACCAAUGAUGUGCACACGCUGGAGGCUUACGGCGUCGACAGUUUAAAAACAAGGUACCCUGACUUGCUUCCUUUCCCACAGAUCCCAAAUGACAGGUUCACCUCGGAGGUCGCCAUGAGAGUGAUGGAAUGUACUGCCUGCAUCAUCAUCAAGCUCGAAAACUUCAUACAGCAGAAGGUGUGAGGUGAAGGCCCAGAGCAGAGGCGGACCUCGGGUGUUGCAGCACAAACACGGAUCGCUGACCUUCAUUAACUUCAUUGCCCGUCACCCAGGAGCUGUGAAGCACAGUGCGGGUUGCUCUGGAGGACUUCCGGAGUUAUUGUUAAUGUGAAAGCAACAGAAACCCUUAACAGAAACUAAAAGAGAAUUGUUUUGGAGAUGGUGGUGAACUGCGAAGUCGGUGUGUUUGAAGAUGGGAUGGCACACUGUUGAACUGCACUUUCUAUAACCAAAGCUUAGCCGUGUUAGAGAAGGGUCUGUGUGUCUCUAGUUAGGAUGAAGUUAAGUUUAUGUCUUAAAGGUAUUUUUGAAGGAGUUACUGAAACACUGGACAUACCUUUGGUGUGAACAUAAAAGGGGAAUCAAGUCAUUAGAGUUCUAUCAUUUUUUUAAAGUGGAUCCUCUUGGAUGCAUUAUUUUCUGAUCAGCUGGCUCUGAUUAUGAAUUUGCUGCAGUUUUCCAUCUUCCUCGGUACAUUUGAAAAUGGUACAGUAUUUCAUCCUGUUACUUGAGGUGUAUGGAGGCAGUGCUUAGGGUGCACUGGGUGCACCGUGCGUCUUUCAGUGUUGUUUUAUACCUUAUGUUUACAAGCUUCCCGCGUCGUGGAAUGACCUACGGACAACAGCACAGUGGCGGCUCUCCUUCCCGGACGGAAUGUUGCUCAUGCACACUGCUCACCAAAAGACAUUUAUCAGUGGUUAGAACAUUUGCUUUACGUUUGUGUGUGCAUACUUUCCACAGUUGUCCUAAUUUAUAUAGUGUGGUUGAACAGGAUACAACCUUUUGUGUCUAAAGGUGCUGUAGUUAAAAAAAACCUUUCAAUAAUGGCACUUAGUGGAGUUUUUUGGAUUUUACUUUAAAAACUUGUUAAAGUCAUCAGGGUAAUUUCCAUUAGUUUAUGAAAGAGGAACUGUCAGCUUGCCUUUCCCCUUAAAAGAUUCGGAGGCCACUUUUGAUUUUCAUCAUGUUCAAGUGUCCUGCCAUACUUCAUGUUUCUUUAGCAGAAUGUCAAAAUAAAGGAGUAAUAAUUAGUUUACAUAAGUGGCUGUAAAUGAUGCUAAAUACAAUAUUUUAUGCAAUGAAGGGCUUACAGACCGUAUUAAAGGUUUUUACUUUUAUUGGUAAUAAGGAAUGUAGGCUUCACACACUUGUGUUGUUGCUUUUGGAUGUGAAAUCAUGUAAUUAUUUCUGCUGUUAUAUAUUCAGUGCCAUAAUUUUAAUAAAGCAAAAUGUACAUAUUAAAUGGUUGUAACUGGAAUUUCCUGAGGACUAGUUCAUUGGAAAUUAAAUUUGGUUUCUUCCUAUGCUUAUUUUUCAUACGCAUGUACUGAUAUAUGUGUGUUUAUUGGAAAUAUCAGGAAUUGCAUUUCUUUGCCUCAAGGGAUAGCUUGAAUAUGUGAGGCUAAUUCACACUUGAGCCUCAACUGAUAAAAAAAGUCAUCUUUAUACCUAAGAUACAAGUCUUCAAAGUUAGGCAGACAAGGCCUGUGAGUUCUCUGUUCUAGGGCUACCCGGAUUCUGGGAUUUCAGCGUUAUUUUAAAAGUGCAGCCAGGGGAGGUAGUGCAUGCCUGUUAUCCCAGCACUUGGGAGGCUCCAGCAGGAGGAUUGCCAUAAAUUCAACUAUCUAGCGAGACCCUGUUUCAAAGCACCAAAAGAAGAAAAAGUAAUAAAAAGUGCUUGCUACUUUGAAUCUCAUAUUCAGCACUUACAGUGUGUUUGGUUUUCAGUGUUUAAAUUUAUGCAGAAAGCCUUGCCUUGGUGAUAGUUGAUCUAGUUGAAUUUACUUUUCUAAACUCUUUAAAAGCACAGGUUCACAAUCCCUUCUGUGAAGCACUGGACUCAGGUGUGUUUCCGAGUUCGAUUUUAGGAAGUUAAUGUGAAGGCAUGUAGACGGAGCGAAACGCUGUCCCGAGGGUUGGGCAGCGCCCUGCGGACACAGCCGUAUUUCUGCGGUGCGCCUUCAGCGGCCACACUCCUCGUGCAAGUUCAGGUCAGGUUUCGUCACCACUGAGAUGCAGCACACGCAUUUGAAAUUUUUACUUUGCAUGUAGUUUGAGACUUUGAAAAGAGCCUAAGGAAUUUUGCUGGGAACUAAUUUGUAUAUUUUACUAUUUUGUACAUUUUCCUCAUAUUCUUCUUUCAUUUUUUAAAAAGAUAGCAGGAGCUGGGUGCCUGGAGUAGGUGCUCCUGAGUCGCAUACAGAUGGAACGAGGGGUGGGGCGGUGUCCUCCCUCCCCGGGGCGGGGCGGAGUGCCUCCAGUGAGAGGCCCGGAGGUGGGUGAGGACCCUACACCGUGCUCUGAGGUCAUAAAGCAGGGGUGGGGGCAAAAAGAGAGAGUGCUGAGGACCCCGGAAUGCUUUGCACAAAGUACUGUAUUAACGUUCAACAAGACACUGGGAAGGUUUUCCCAGGUCUGACUUGGGGGUGAGUGGGGUCUGCUUCUUCAGGCAGUGCCAGCUGACAGUUGCAGAUCUCACGAGUAGCGUCUAUAGUCUGUAAUGUGUAGAAAAUAGCAAUCAGAUCUUAGCCACAUGUCCUUCGAGGGUCUAACAAAGGAACGGAAUCAGACACCCCUACACACACGUGAUUUGUUAUGCCAGGACUUGAUUGCCUGAUGAUUUGGGGGGAGGGGGACUGGCAAGUACUCAGUGUACACACAGGCCUACAGGCUGGAAACGCUUGGAGGAGCUGACAUCUGCGGGUGGAAUUGCGUCCAGCGCUGGUUUCUAACCUUCCCGCAGCUCAUCUCAUUUUCAAGGGAUCUGACAAAGUAACGUCCGCACACUGUUAGCAGUGGGGACCCAGCAGCACAUUCCAUCCCGGCUGUGGAUUUCUGCCAGGCCAUAGUCUGAUGUGGUUUACCUGUUAAAUGUAAACUGGUCCAUGUAGAGUCUAAAGCCAGAUCACAUUUUUAAAGUAAAAGCUGUGUUGAAAAUGUAUGUGUAGUUACAAUUUUGGAAAGACCCCACCUGCCCUGAGGACAGAGCCCUGCCUCUAAGAAGACACUUUUGUGGCACUGCCCGCCCACUGACAGAUGUGCUUUUUGUUAGCAGUGCCGGGCGAACUCAUUUAUAUUUGAUAGAAAAUGUAUUUGACUUCUAUACUGCAGCGGCAUUGAAGUGGAAUUUUAAAUACGGAGAAGACUGCCAAAGCCAAAUAAGAUGAGCUGUUAGGGGACAAAAUUACACAAAACGGACACAACAUAAAGCCCUGUGAAGGGUUCUUCCUUUUUGAAAAUUUCCACCCUCAUUUGCUCUUCCUCAAAGAACGACUUUGUGGCAGGGGAACUAUGGGAAGGACUCCACAGAUGUGGCUCUACCCUUUCAAUGGGAAGUUGGUGGCCUUCACAAAAGGGUGUGUCCCUCCCUUCCCCUCCACGUAGGAAGUUGCAGGAAGCUGCAGUUUGCCUGGUAGCCCAGAACUUGUGCUGUAUUAGCUGUGAAGUAUCAGGAAUUCUGUGUACUACGGACUCGAAUAUCUUUACUGCUAAGAUGGACACCUCUUCAUCUUUUUGACGCAUGUCUUCUCAGCGGGUUUAUAAAUUUGAAAAGAAGUGCUGCUUUUGAAUCCUUAAAAUACCAACACUCCUCAGUGUGACCGUUCAGUCUAAUAGUGGUCUAUGUGCCUCAUUAGAUAAGUCCAUCAUCAUGACCUUAGGACUUCAGUAAAAAUUUAAAUGACGUGUAGUGUUUUUAUGAUUUUAGGAUACAGCUUAUCUAAUUUUCCAAUCUGAUGAAGUAUAAAUUUCCUUACUACUUUGGAGAAUGCAAUGAUUCAUAACUUUCACAGUGAGUCCCUAUAAAAAGAAAAAAGUAAAAUUUGUACACGUUAUUCAGUGUUCUGUUCUCUGUAUUCUUCUUCAUACUUUCUCUUGGAUUCUUUUUCUUGACUUCUUUAUCAUCUAAACACUGUUUCUUGGAAAGCCAAACUGAUUUGUAAAUGUUCAGCGAUGCUGUGUUAGGUCAGUCAGGCUUGAAGAUGUUUGUUUUGCACAAACGUUUCCAUAUUUAGGAGACCAAAUAUGGGACAAUAACAGAAUGGUUUAGUAAGGACACUAGGCAUGUUGCAGUAUGGAAGUCAUUUAUUAGUUUUAAAAUUCAGGACUUAACUAAAUGGAAAAAGUAGACACCAAUUUAUAAUUAAAAGCGCCCAACCCCCUGUGAAACUUGAGGAACAUUACAGUUGAGAGGUGACUUUGCUCUUAGCUGCUUUAAGAAGGCCUGUGUUUUUAUCUUGUAAUUUCAUUAGUUGUAUAAUAGCAACUUAAAACUCUAUAGAGUUAUGAGGGGGUUAAACUGUUACUACCUUAUUAAAGCGGCACUAGAACUCAUGUUUGCUUUUCUAAUUUUUUGAUUCUGAGACUAGAAAAUAACUUUGAACUUGUAUCACAAAGCAUGUAUUAGAAAGUUGGGAUGCUGUUGGUCACUAUAUGUGUAGCUUUUUGGGAACUGUAAAGAACUGGUCGUAACAGAACAAGCACACCCUCUCUUGGGAUGGGGAACAUUUUAUAAAGUGAGUGAGUGAUCUGCGUGAAAUGAACCUGUUCUCACAAGUUUGGUGUGCCCUGUUUGGUUUAGAUCCAUUUCCACACAGUUGGCACGAACCACAUUUUCACAGACAGUAGGAGUGUGCUUCUGUGUAGCUGCACUCGGUCCUUCUGUGCUGAAAAAAGCACCCGGGCAGAGCUAGUGUAAAUCCUGCCACUUAGCAGCUGUUUGAUCUCAGUAGGUAACAAUGCCCUUUGGGCUUCAGGUCUUCCUUUGUCAGUUAGCUGUAUCCCAGCUGUACAGUUCUCAUGUAUUUUGGCGUUUGAGGUGAAAUGAGACAUUACAUCAGAGUUUUUCCAAGUGAAAGCAGCUACGCAAAUUUAAGGUCACAAUUUUGGUAAGCUUCAGUAGUUACCUGUGACCCUGAGACAGCGUGAGUCUGUCACCAGUAAGUUGGGGAAAACAGUACAUAAGAGCUGUGAGGAUUAAAGAAGGUAAGACUCUCACACUGAAUUCUGUGAAAAAUGCAGGUUGACUUUUAUUGCGUGUGACUGAUUGUGUGUAAUUUAUUUCCUUGACUACAUAUUAAAAAUCAGAUGAACUUUAAAUUGUCUUGAAAAUCUGCACAUUCUCUUGCGAAACCUGCCACUGCCUGCCGCUGAGGUUGGACGUUGAGGUGUGUUGGCACCGACCGGCCCCACUUCGCGAGUAGUUACAGAUCCGCCGAUGAGCAUCGUGAGUUAAUUCCACGUGCAGGUCAGCGAGGACAGAUGGGAAGAGGAAGGUCACAAUGUUCUGAUGGAAAGUAGCCAAGAUCCAGUGAAAUAAACACGUUCUUCUGA